CAAGUACCCCAAUUCUCCAUACUUCCGCCACAACCACCCGCUGGUACCUUUCUGUUCAACCUCAAGUCACUCUCACCACCUUUUGGUACUGCCGAGGCCACGAGCCCUCUCUCUUCUCCCAAACACACAACCUCUAACAUCUGGGAGGGCUGCCCACGAGCCAGUCGCAACCCAGCACCGCCGAGCCAAAAAGACCCUUUUUUUGGUACUUAGAAGGGCAUCUCAAAUCCCUCCUCCAGUUGACACGAGAGCCUGGCGCUGCCUCUCGUCCACCUGGCUUGUAUUUCCUAUAAACAUAGCAGCUGGCGCCCUCGAAUUGCGCCAGUCCUGGCAUCAACGAAAAGAUCCAAGCUCACUAGACCCGACUCUGCAUGAUCGAAUGUUGCUCAACCCGCCCAAGAUGAGCGGCCUUCAUGCACGCCAACGCCAACACCGGCGACAAAACUCAACGCCGUCGGCAUUUGACACGGUCAAAAUUGCGCCACUGCCCAACAUUCAGCAACGCCGCCCCAUUUCCCACCGGCGCGGUCUCAGCUUGGACACGAGAGGGCAACGACUCGCUCCCGCACCACCACCGGACACCAGUGUGCCGCAGGAGUAUAAUCCAAUAAGCAUGCCGGCGACUGAUCCAGAACCGGCGAGGACUCCGCAACGCACGCCGCGUUCGAGUAUCGACCGCUCUCCAUUUAUCGAACAAGAUGCCGGCGACAACUUCUUGAUCUCGCCACAAGUCACCCCACAAAGCCGCCGGUUUACCGACGCAGUGUCGGAUUGUCCACAGUUUGCCGACUUUUCGGGGCUUCCGUUUGAUCCCUACUCAACACCUGCUGGCUUUUUCGACCGCCCGGUCAGCCGGCUCAGCAGUGAUGGCAUAGAGCCGGCGACAGAUUUUAACUUCUUCAAUUCGGACACCGCCCUAUCCACGCCCAGUUUCAUCGCCUUCCCGGAAUCAAGCCCAGGCGGCCCAGAUCAGGGUUGGGGAUCGGAAUCGGAGACCGCGAGCACGCAUUCACGGCGCUCGUCGCGGCGAAUCAGUAACGGGCUCAUGGACAGAAUUGCCAACCUUGAGGCAAUGGGCGGCGAUUUCGGGGCUGCGGAAAGGCCCUGCACCCCGAGCAGCCAGCUGACAAACGAUUGUUUCCCGCAAACGCCAACGGAGGGAUCACUCAAGCAGGAGCCAGCACCUCUGCAGCCGCCAAACAGGUUUACAGAAGGCUAUGAUGAGUCGAUGGAAGAAACCCUUAAACCCAUCAGAGCCACAAAAAACAACCGCAAUUCCGGCAUCUUUCAGGAUCUGCGGCAGCAAGCAGAAGCCAUGGCGCAAACACCGCCGCGUACAAACUCCAUCCCGAUGGCGCUGACGGCUCAGGGACUCCGCACCCCCGACUUCAUGAACAUGCGGAAUAUAAGCGCCGAGUUCAAAAAGAUCGAGCGCGAGUUUUCCGGCAUGCCCGCCAGCCCAACAAACGCGCCUUCCAUGUUUCCAUUCCCAAAAGCCGACAACGAUUCAGGAGGGAGGCCUGAGUUCCCGUCCCUCGGUACUGACGCCCAGAAUCCGAUCCCGCGGCUUGGACCACCAGCACCCGUAAGCAAGAGCACAUCUCGUCGCGGGUCGCCGCAUCGCCGGACAGAAUCUAUUGCCUCCAUAACGAGCGCCGCCAGCAUCGCAGACAUCAACAUCGAAGAGACCAGAACGGAAACGGGCGUCACACUUGAGGACAUUGCCGCAUAUAUCCAAGGGCCGGACCCGUCGGACGGCAAGUGGCGUUGUCUCUACGAGGGCUGCAACAAAAUUUUCGGUCGCAAGGAAAAUAUCAAGAGCCAUGUACAAACACACUUGAACGACAGGCAAUAUCAAUGCCCGACGUGCAAGAAAUGCUUCGUCCGCCAGCACGAUCUCAAACGCCACGCCAAAAUCCACACCGGCAUCAAGCCCUAUCCUUGCGAGUGCGGGAACAGUUUUGCUCGCCACGAUGCCCUCACACGACAUCGACAACGAGGGAUGUGCAUUGGCGCGUUUGACGGCGUCGUACGCAAGGUCGUAAAACGCGGUCGGCCGAAGAAGAUUCGGCCGGACAUGGACGAGCGGCGGGACAAGGCGGAGCGUACGCGGCGAAAAAAUAAGCUGACAUCGGCCAAUUCGGCUUCGAGUCAGUCCGGCUACUCCGACAUCUCGGGAGCCAAUUCCCCCAACAACGAGUUUGACGGCCUGCUCGACGAUGACAAGUUUCAGGAUAUCCUAUCCUCUUCCAUUGCCUCGUUAUCUAAUCCCAUGUCGACUGCCACUAUGAACCCGAGCACCUUGGCCGUCUCAACCGCUCCAAUGCCCGCUAGCAGUGGCAGCGCCUCCACCACCACCACCACUACGACCAUGGCCGAAGUCUUCCAGCGUGCCCUCUCGCCCUCAGCGAUGAGCAGCUACAGCCACGCCUCUCACGCUUCUUCUUACCACCACCAUCCAUCCAACCCAGUGACUUCGGAUAGAAGCCAGGCCGGAGCAGACGGCGACAUUCAGAACCCGCCGUCCCCGGCGAAAUCCGUCUCCAGCCACUACAGCCACGCGACCACCACACCGCCAGACCUGUCCUCCCCGCGCUCGCCGCCACCCCUGCUGGCCUCAUGCAGCACCCCCUUCUUCGACGAUCUCAAUGAUGACGUGACCCACAACAGCAGCAGCAGCAACCACAGCAGCAGCACCGCCGCCACGACCACCAGCGCGAACCGCAACAACGCUGCGGACGCUGACCUCUCGGAUAUUAGCAUCGGCGGCCUGGGCGGCGGCUACCACCACGGGCUAGCGGCGCUGGAGGCCCAGCACGACAUGCUGUUGGGCUUCCAUCCUCAUCAUUCCCGCAAUCACGGGGCAGACGGUCUGGUACCGCUGGACGGGGCCGGCGGCGGUGCGGCGGGCGGUGCUGGGUUGAAGUUUGAGAAGCUGGGGUUCGAGGGGUUGAAGUUUGAGGACGAGGGAUUCGAUCCAGUGAGUAUGUUUACGAGUGGGGAGGAUGUGUUUUUCGGGACGACUUGACCGGCUGUCAUGAUUUCGCUUGUACAUCUUCAUUCUUUUGUUUUUUUAUGUCUUUUUUUCUUCCAUGUCAGGUGGUGGUAUAGAUGGUUGGUUUCUCGUUGUUUUCUUUUUGCCGGGGGCGACUCGCUCUGAACAGCUCAUGGCUUAUUUGACGAUGGCCAGAGCCUCGU